CCAUAGCAACAUCGACCGAAAAACUCCAGCAAACUCCCCUGAGGGUUUGUAUAGUGUAAAUUGUUUUGACCGAAUUAAAGUUUAUUUACGGUCUAUUUGUUCGAAAGAACACGCUAACUUCUCGAAUUUGAUGCGACAGUUACGCAUCACUGGAUUCGACCAAUGCCAUAGAAAAACUGGAUGAUAAAGAAAUUAGAAGCUGGAAAUCCGGUUUGAGUAUGAAUCGACAGUUGUUUGUCGGGCCAAUUAUUCAUUCCGACCCUCAGGGACGUCUAGAUGUGCUACAACGAGCUGCGAUUCUCGUCGAAAAUGGAAAGAUUACCAGUGUAUCAGAGAAUCCUAAACCAGGAGACGUCAAUGCUGACUAUGUCAGAGUCUUGAGCGCAGGCCAAUUUCUAAUCCCAGGAUUUGUUGAUGGUCAUAUUCAUGCGGCGCAGUUCCCAAAUUUGGGAAUUGGCUACGAUAAAUGUCUUCUAGAUUGGUUGGAGACUUACACCUUCCCGUUAGAGAAAAAAUACGUUGAUUCAGCAUUUGCAGAACAUGUGUACGAAGCGGUAGUCAAAAGAACUCUAACAAUGGGAACUACUACAGCGUGCUAUUUCGCAUCCUUGCACACAGAGUCGUCUCUAAUUUUGGCCAAACAGGCUAUAAAGUAUGGGCAGCGAUGCUUGGUGGGAAAGGUGAACAUGAACCAAUCGCGGAAAGAUGGUUACUAUGAAAGUACCGAGGAAUCUAUCGCCGGGACCACAAAGAUGAUCAAAGAAAUUGCUGAAUUAAAUAGUUCAUUGGUAAAGCCAGUAAUCACGCCAAGGUUUGCCCUGAGCUGUGAUAUGGAGCUCAUGACUGAGUUGGGAAAACUGGCGAAAGAAAUGAAAGUUCAUGUCCAGACCCACAUUUCUGAGAAUCUGGAUGAAAUAGAAGCUGUGACGACGACUUACAGGGAAUAUCCCUCUUACGCUGCUGUUUAUGAUGCCGCUGGCCUUUUAACAAACAAGACUGUAUUGGCUCAUGGAAUCCACCUUGGGGAUAGCGAACUUGCGCUCCUCAAAAGCCGAGGAUCUGCCAUCAUUCAUUGUCCAUCUUCAAAUACUUGUUUGAGAAGCGGCCUAUGCGAUGUGCAGCGUUUGAAAGAUCGGGGACUUAAAAUUGGACUGGGAACCGAUAUUUCCGCCGGAGAUAGUUCUUGCAUGCUGAAUGCAAUGCGAGCCGCACUUCAAGUUUCAUAUCAUUUAUCUAUCCUUACACCUGGUUACACCCCACUGAACUACACGGAUGUUUUCCAUCUAGCGACAUUGGGAGGAGCUACCGCCUUGGCCAUGCAGGAUGAGAUAGGGAGUUUUGUACCUGGAAAACAGUUUGAUGCUCUUGUUAUUGACUUAAACGGAUCGAGCGGGCCACUUGACAAUUUAAUUGAAUACAGCUUAGAGAACAGGCUUGAGAGGCUGAUUCACUCAGGUGAUGAUCGCAAUAUCGUCGAGGUUUAUGUUACUGGUCACCGGGUGAAGUAA